CUCCCGAGACCCCUCCCCACAGGCCGCCCACCCGCCCUCUCGCGGCUGGUCCUGCGAGGCUGCUCUUCCGCGGCCAGACGGAGAGCGGCAGUGUGUCUCCGCCGGCCGCGCUCGCCGCGAGGCUGCCCCCUACGGCCGCGGCUGCUUCGCGACCCAGCAGCGCUGGAGAGUGCAGCGGCGACGGCGGGAAAGGCUCGCGGUCCCGCUCCGGCCCGGCCUCGACGCCCUCCGUCCGCGCCGGAGCAGGUCCUAUUACUGCUGGAUUGUGCAAGAUUUUAACCCUAUGUUUUUUGAAUUAUGAUUUAAAUACCAAACAUCUUAAAUUUUAUAAAGGGGAAGCAUUUUAGUUUUGGAAGUCAGUAUGCCAAGAAAAAGGAAAAAUCUUGGGGGAAACCCUUUUCGGAAGACUACAAACUCUAAGGAAGUUGUCGUAUCCGGUGUUACUAGUCAUGAGGAGCCAAGCACCACUCUUCUUUCUAUGUGUGAGACAAAAAUUGAUCAGGAAGAACUCUUCACCAAUAUCUCAGAGAUGUUUUCUGAUCUGGAUCCUGAUGUAGUGUAUUUGAUGCUUUCUGAAUGUGAUUUCAAAGUUGAAAAUGCCAUGGAUUGUCUGUUAGAAUUAUCUGCCAUGGACGCCAAGGUAGAAGAAUCAUCUUCAAAAACGUUUGUUGCUUCAGAGAACCAGCUAAGUGAAAUAAUGGAGACGUGUCCACAUGAAGAAGAGAGUGAAGUUUCAAAACUGAAUUCAGUUUUGGAUGUGCAGCUACCUGAAGAAAUGGAUUCCUUAAUAGAGAAUGCCUUUGAGAAAUUGAACUCUUCUUCUGACCAAGCAUGCUCAUUUUUGCCUUUGCAAGAUGUUAAUAGUCUUAAUAACUCUAGUCAGUUUAUAAAAUCACGUUCAAAUAAUAUGACUACUGUUCUUUCUACACAAAAUAUGGAUGCGAACAGUGAAAAUGUCGGGAUUUCUGCCUCUGCAUUAAAUUCAGAACCAUUAACGUCACAUUCAGUUUUGAGUGAAUCCAAAAGUUUUAUGAAGGAUAACAUAUUGGCACUGGAACCUAACUGUCUAGAAGAUUCUCUUCUUGGUGGUUCUUUAAACGUAGUAAAUGACUAUAAUGUGGGUUGUAACAAUUUCAAUCAAAGACAGAAGGUAUUUUUAGAUUCCAGUUGUGUUGAGGCUCAGCUGUUUCAAGCCACUCUAGAUUUGGAUACUAAUGAACCUCAGGGUCCUUUAAACCUUAUACAGAAUCCAGAGCUUAACUUAGUAGGUACAGGUAGGGAUGAGAAAUUGAUUUCUGUCCCUGAUGUUUUUGUACCUUCUGAAGGGUUUAAUUUUAAGCCACACAAACAUACUGAACUGCCAUCAAAGGAGAAGGAUGUGAAUUACUGCCCAGUACUUGGCACUGUCCCUUUAUUGCUUCCUCCUCUUCCUCCUCCACCUCCACCUCCACCUCCACCUCCACCACCACCACCACCACCACCACCACCACAAAUGUGGAAUCCAGUGAUUCCUACUUUUGACCUCUUUCAAGGACACCAUGGCUUUGUAGCGCCUGUUGUAACUGCAGCUGCACACUGGAGACCUGUCAAAUACGCAUUUCCACGCUCAGUCAUUUCUCACACUUCCCCAACAAAAGUAUGGAGAAAUCAAAAGGGAGCAAGCGCUUUUCAAAUACAAGAGGCUGCCGUUUCUCAAGUUGUAAGAAAAAAGACAACAUCUUAUGUUGGACUAGUUCUUGUUCUUCUCAGAGGGCUUCCAGGAUCAGGAAAAUCAUUUUUGGCAAGGACUUUGCAAGAAGAUAAUCCAAGUGGAGUUAUUCUUAGUACUGAUGAUUAUUUUUAUAUAAAUGGACAGUACCAGUUUGAUGUAAAAUACUUAGGAGAAGCACAUGAAUGGAACCAUAAUCGUGCAAAAGAAGCAUUUGAGAAGAAGAUAUCACCAAUUAUAAUUGAUAAUACAAACCUACAAGCAUGGGAAAUGAAACCAUAUGUUGCUUUGUCACAGAAACAUAAAUAUAAAGUCCUUUUCCGAGAACCAGACACAUGGUGGAAGUUCAGACCAAAGGAACUUGCAAGGCGUAACAUUCAUGGGAUAAGCAAAGAAAAAAUAAUAAGAAUGUUGGAACACUAUCAGCGUUAUGUUUCGGUGCCAAUAAUUAUGAGCUCUUCAGUGCCAGAGAAAAUUGAACGUAUUGAGUUGUGUGCAUAUUCCUGUGAGGACAGAAGUCCCAGCCCAAGAGACAAUGAAGACAGUACCUCUGAAAAAGAAGGAAAUGUUUUAUCCUCAUAUUUGCAGCACUUUGAAUUCAGUGAAGAGAAGAGUCUUGAAGUGACUGAAGAAACUUUGUUACCAGAGGAUGUUACAUGCCUUCUUCAUGCAGAUUUAAACAAAGAAAGGGAAGAAAUAAGUGGUAUGAAUCAUAGCACUCAAAGUGCUUUUGUGCAGGAAGCUCCACACUUGUGUCUCUCUGGUUCUGAAAGUAAAGUUCAAGCAACAGACCAGGGGGAAGAAGAAGAGGAAGCAACAAUGACCUCUGGUAGAGGAUGUAGUGAAAUCCCUUCAGGUAGUCCUACAGAAAGAAUGUCACUAAGUAUUUGCUGUCAGGAAAAUAAUCAGGAAGAAUUUGAUUUUGUAAAAACUGUACCAUUUCAAAAUGAAAAGUCUUCACCUGGUGAAAUAUUAAAAGGAAGAGUCACAGUAAAGAAAAAUGCUGUUGGGAAACUAAAAAGCAGAUCACCUGUGGAAAAGUUUCCAAGACAUGAGCUAUCAAAUUUUGUUGGUGAUUGGCCAGUUGAUAAGACAAUUGGUCAGAGGAUGAAAAGGAACCGAAGAACUGAAAAACCUUCUUCAUCUGUACAAAAUGAAAAAAAAAAUAAUUGCCCACAGUCAUGCAGUGUAUUACAUAAUAGUGUAUCUGGGAGUACAGAUCCUAUCCCAGAGCCAGGAUCUUCACAUGAAAGUGCAGAGGAUGGCAGGAAAUCACAGUGUGAUGAUCCUUCAGAAUUCCUCAGUACUUAUAAAAAUACUGAAGAAAACUCAUUCAUCAUUGUGGCUGACUGGCCAUGUUAUUCUUUAGCUCAGAGAGAACACAGAUCAAGAAUGCUAAAGGCUGAUAUAAGUGAACACAACCUAGAAUUUGGAACUAAUAACAAUAUAAAUGAAAUGUCCUUGUACACAGCAUGUCAGACUUGUUGGGGCACAAGCCCUGAACUAAAAAUGUUAGGUAGCUCCACUCUACAAAGUUCUGAGACGGCCAAUGAAAUGACCCAUGAAAAUCAGACUUGCUUAAGUAAACAGAUUCCUGGUCAACACACUUUGCCUCUUUCUUCUCCCAGCAGUGUAGCAAUGGCAUCUGGAGUACCAGAGCUACAGGCUUUACCUGAAUUUCCAGGGGAAAGGUCUGAAAGAUGCCCUGAAACAGAAGUAGGCACAUGUACCCAGACUGAGCCACAGGAUUUUGCCCUCUUAUGGAAAAUAGAAAGGAAUAAAAUCAGAGUUUCAGAUUCUAUCAAAAUGUUAACAGGAAGAUUAGAUGGAUUUAAACCUAAAGCUUUCAAUACUAACACAAAAGCAAGUGUUCAGCACACAAUUCCUUAUAGGGUAAUGCAUGAUAAGAGCACAUAUGUUGAGGAAGAUGAACUUACCAGUAUUGAUGAAUCUGAAAAUCUUAAUAUUCUUUGUAAACUAUUUGGAUUCUUUUCCUUAGAAGCCCUAAAAGAUUUAUAUGAGAGGUGUAAUAAAGAUAUUAUUUGGACUACAAGCCUUUUAUUGGAUUCUGAUACUAAAUUAUGUGAGGAUACAGAAUUUGAGAAUUUCCAAAAACCAUGUGAGGAAUCACACCUUGGGCCAUUUUCUCUGGGGCCUGAUUUGAAGGAGGUUGUUAGCCAAAAAGGAACCUUAGAAGAUUCUAAUUCUUCUGUGCCAGAGUUUUAUAGAAUUAGCACCAGUGUUGGUAAUGUACAACCUACGUGUAAUGCACAAAAAGGAAACUCAGAACAGUCAGAAAUACAUGGUAUAACUUCUGGAAACUGUGACAUAAUAAGUACAUUUCCUAAUGCUACUAUAGAUGUAAAGAGUAAUAAUGAAGUACUUCCGACCAGUCAGGCAGAAUUUUCAGAUUUAUGUAACUUUAAGCAGUCUCUUCCAACUGUUCUAAAAUCCCCAAGCCUGAAUAAUGUAAGUGAAAUGGAGACUAGUCUAGUAGCCACAGAGACUGGAGACGGUAUACAUUCAUCUUUAAAUUUGUCUGAUAUUCUGAACUCUGUAGAAAGCACUUCAGAUAUUGAAUUAAAUGAAUUUCAUUUUACUGAGACUUUGGAAAUGAAAAAUGAAAAUCUUCAAAAGGAUUUUGAGAAAUUUGAAAACACAGAAGAAUCUAUGAAUGAAGAAGAACAGGAAAUGGAGAAAAUUCUAAUGGCAGAAAGUAGUUUAUUAGCUGGAGAUAGUGAAGAAGAUAAAACUGAGAUAUUGAAUCCCAUACCAAUGAUGGCCAAAUCUUUGACUAUAGACUGUCUUGAAUUGGCAUUACCCCCUGAACUGGCUUUUCAACUUAAUGAAUUAUUUGGUCCAGUUGGUAUUGAUUCAGGAUCUCUAACAGCUGAGGAUUGUGUGGUUCAUAUAGAUCUGAAUCUGGCUAAAGUGAUUCAUGAGAAAUGGAAAGAAUCUGUAAUGGAGCGACAGAGACAAGAGGAAGUGUCUUGUGCCAAGUAUAUGCAAGAUCCUUCCUUGGUUGAAAAUACUGGUCUUGAUAAUCCUGAACAAAAGUCAUUUGAGAAAACAGGUAGAAAACUACUGAAGACUUUAGCAGCACCUGAGAUGCUGCCUGUCUUGGAUCAUUGGAAUACUCAAACUAAAAAAGUAUCACUCAGAGAAAUAAUGUCAGAAGAAAUUGCCUUGCAGGAAAAGCAUUUGAAAAGGGAGACACUUAUGUUUGAAAAAGAUUGUGCCACUAAACUAAAGGAGAAGCAGCUUUUUAAGAUGUUUCCAGCCAUUGAUCAAAAUUUUCUGAUGGACAUUUUCAAGGAUCACAACUAUUCAUUAGAACAAACAGUGCAGUUUCUAAACUGUGUUCUUGAAGGAGACCCCGUAAAAACAGUUGUAGCUCAAGAGUUUGUUCACCAAAAUGAGACUGUCACUUCUCACACUUCACAGAAGUCUAAAGAAAAAAAGGCAAAGAAAUCAAAGGAAGCUGAAGAUACCUUGAGUGAGUCCUCUUUCCAGGACUUUCAGUACCCCAGGUAUGAUGACUACAGGGCUGAGGCCCUCUUGCACCAGCAGAGGAGAAUAGAGUGCUACAGCAAGGCAAAGGAGGCAUAUCGGAUGGGCAGGAAGCAUGUAGCCACCUUUUAUGCCCAGCAGGGUGGUCUUCAUGAGCGGAAGGUGAAAGAAGCCAAUCACCUUGCUGCAAUGGAGAUCUUUGAGCAAGUCAAUGCUUCCUUGCUGCCACAGAAUGUGCUGGACCUCCACGGGCUGCAUGUGGAUGAAGCUAUAAAACAUUUGAUGACAGUUUUACAGCAGAAAACUGAAGAGCUUAAGCAGAAUGGCGGUAAGCCCUAUCUUUUUGUGAUUACGGGGAGAGGAAACCACAGCCAGGGAGGAGUUGCUCGCAUCAAGCCAGCUGUCAUUAAAUACCUCACAAGCCAUGGUUUCAGGUUCUCUGAAAUUAAACCAGGGUGCUUGAAAGUCAUGCUAAAGUGAAAUAAAUGCCCUUGACUUGAAAGUGUGGAGGUUUGUAGGUUAAGAUUAGUUUUAUUUGCAAUAAUUCAUUCAGUUCUAUUCUAAACAUGUUUUACUAGAAAUAAUAUCCAUUUAUAAGUCAAAGUCUUUCUCAAAUUCAAGAGAAGUUUAAUUUUUUACUGAAUCAAACCCACAUAAUGUUAACUGUUAAGAAUAUUAAAGAGAAUUUUUAUUGAUUACAGAGUAAGAAAAUUAUCAGCUGUAAUUAUAAGUUUGAAACGCUCUGAUUCUCAGAGAGAAAGACUAUUUUGUAUUAGUUUUUUUCUUUUUUUACUUUAAGUGAAGUCACAAGGCUUCUGUGGGUGUUUGUGCCCUUCUAAGGGCUACAUUCUAAAGGUAAUAGAAUUAAAGAAAAAUGGGUGAUCUAACAAAAAACACUUGAAGUACUUUUUUGCUUUAAUAGUUAAACACAUGAAAUCCUAUCAUCUUGCCAUAUGCUGCAGAAAGGGAGAUACACUGUUGCAUUUUCUCUUUUUUAUGUAAUCUUAAUCUCUUUUUGUUUUAUUCUUUUGUCUCAGUGUAUUUUUCUUGAGGAAAGUUGGGUCUGUGAUUGUCUUGCAGAGUUUAUGCCUUUCAUAGACAGAGAAGUUUUCAGAGAAGAAAUGAUGAAAUAUGAAGUAUGUGCUGCUGACUUACCUAGAACUAUGUAAGGGACUUUUCAGGCAGUGCUGAACAAUGAUAUAUGUAAGGCAUUGAUUUCUAAAUUGUAGAUCAAAUUCCUAUUAAACAAAUUAGAAAAUAUUGAUAUAAGAGGAAUCUCUACAAAUUAAUAAAACAUUUUUACUUUUAUUUUGAAAAAGAGUGAACUUUCUAAAAGGAAAUUUUCAUUGACUUUUAUUGGUCUGUUAGCUAAUAAAAUCUGGUUAAUAUUUAAAUUAUAAUUUCCUUUACAUAAAUUUAAUGUGGGAAAGAGUAGUUUUUCAGUAUGAGAGAAUGGCUAAAUUAAAUUUUAUUUUGGAUAUAUAGAUAUUUACAACAUAUGCAGCUUCAAGGAAAGGACUUUUAUUGCUUUUUCUUUAGUUUAAAAAAUUAUUUGUGAGUUCGAGGAUUGCUGUGAAUUCAAGGCCAG